CCCUUGUCGUGCGGUUUCUCACCAAGAGGUUCAUUGGAGACUAUGAAGCCAACACGGGUGCUUUAUACUCCAGAAAAUUCACCAUUGACGGAGAACAGAUUUCCUUACAAGUCCAGGAUACGCCGUUUGUUUCUCUGGAGGACGAGAACGACGCCAUCUGUUGCCAGGAGCAGAUCAACCGCUCCAUUUAUUGGGCCGACGGCUUCGUCUUCGUCUACUCCAUCACGGACUAUGAGAGCUACCGCGUCAUCCGCCCGUUGCACCAGCACAUCCGGAAGAUUCACCCCAACGCCAACAUCCCUUUGCUGCUAAUGGCCAACAAGGGGGACCUGCUCCGAGCCAGGCAGGUGUCCACAAAGGAGGGCCACCAGCUUGCCAAUGAGCUGGGCUGCCCGUACUCAGAGGUCUCUGCGCGGGAGAACUGCGAAGGGGUUCACGGGGCCUUUCAGCAGCUGUGCCAAGAGCUGAGCCGGAUCAUUGGGAAUUGCAACGGGGAGAAGCGGAGGGGCCUCCAUCUCAUCCGGCCCAAAUCGCCCAACAUGCAAGAACUGAAGAGGAGGCUCAAGCAAGCCUUGUCUUCCAAAGGCAAAACUGCCACCGUGCUCUGAUGAAUUGCCAAGGGACCGUUCGGGCUGGGCCACAGCAGGCCAAGAAUAGCCAUGUGGGCCUAGUGAUGGUCACCUCGCCAACUGUUUUGGGGGUGAAAGAAGCCCUUUUCAGAAAUGAGACUAGGAGGGCUGGGAAUUUGGGGAGUUAAGCCCUUUCACUAGACCAGAGGUCUCCAAACCUGGCCAUAUGCUGGCUGGGGAAUUCUGGGAAUCAAAAUCCACAAGACUCAAAGUUACCAAGUUUGGAGACCCCAAUCCAAAGGAAAGCCUUCAUUCUCAGGAUUAAUUACAGCUUCUUCACCUGCAGGAGACAAACGGGAAUACCUCUACCUGUUCACUCCCAUUUGGCUUCAGUCAUCAUCUUAAUUCUUUCCCCAUAUGUCAGACAACUGUUUUCUCUAAUGUUUAGGUGCCAAAUGUAUGUUUAUGUAUGGCCUUUAAAGGAAAAAAAAUAACUGCACAUAUAAAUGCCUUAAACACAGUUAGGAAACUGGCAGGACAAGAAGAGAGAUGGUUGGUGGUCUCUCUGUUGGACAAUCAGCUCCUACUGUAGAGGAGGACCUUCCUGUUCCACCAUAGCAACAACCAGCAGAACCUUUUAAGAGAAGAAGAGGAAAACCAACCAACCAACCAACCAACCAACCAAC